AUGAAACGCAAGGCUGGGAUCCUCAAAUCGCUUAUUGAGAUUCUCUCGAAACCCGAUGAGAAGUGCCUUCCUUCAUUGCACCUGUCAAAGAGAAUGAGGCAAGUUCAUAAACAGAUACCCUCAGUAGCGAUGUUCUCUCCCUCUGUUUCUGAUAUUCUGGACUCCCUUGAUACACAUACUGUAUACUUCUGCUUCAAAAACGGGCAUGACAAAAUGCUCCAGGACUGCAUCUAUAGGCAAUUACCAUGGGAUCCAAGACAGGUUCUAGACACGCAGAGGCAUGGCGUGGGAGAGCUUGAGAAACCAUCGCUUCAACUAUUUUCUAUGAAACUCGCCAAGGUCAUAGAAUGUGACAACGGGGUGGGAUAUUCCGAUUUCUUUUCCCGAAAGCCACAUCAGAUGCAUCUUUGGGUGCUACAUACUUUGGAAAACACAAUGUUUGCCGUAUAUCAACCAGCGACCAGGCCGAUACUGGCAAGUCACAUCCAAGCAACACCCCAUUCUCACCUCAUGGUUGAGCCAUCGGGGCAAAAGCAAUAUCGAAUUCCCAUGGGAAACGCUUCGCUCGUCGCUCAUUUCGAUCGUGUGUGGUGGAAUGAUUUAUGCAUGCCUCCGACCCCUGUUGGGGCUAAUAUAAAUGCCGGCCUUUCAGGAGAAUUACCCCAGACUAGGGUCCCAUCCCGGUCCAAGUAUGGCAAGUGCUUCAGCCCACAUGACAACAUCAACACCGCUGCUUCUGGAAAUCAAAGCCGGGAUUUCACCGUUGAGCCGAGUCCAAAUUCACUGGGAAAGAAGUUUGGGAAUCGCAGAGAGUCAUCAAUCGACUUGUUGCUAGAUCUUAUCGAUCGCGCUAGCUCAGGAAGUAGGUAUGAACUCUUGGUCCGGGCUGCUUACAGCCAGACUUCUCAAGACAAGCACCCAUCACCCACCUUACCCACGUAUCAUCCGCAAGGCUUCUUCCGAAACACCUUCUCGGACAUGAUGGUCGCCCAAGGCCUUCUUGCUAGACGCCGCCAGAAGAAGCCCUAA